CAUGACACAGUGCAUCUACUCGCUGCUGGGCAGCAUUCAGUCUGCCAGAGCGCCGCAGGAUCUAUCCAAUCGCUAUUUCUGGAAAGAUGUCGCCAGCUGCUGGCGGUCCCGCUGCGCGGCUGCGCGAUGAGCCAUCGCGUCCCCCGUCCAGAGCUUCUGGUCGCAGGGUGUUCAGUACAAUGACUGCCGGUGCACCUGUUGUGCUCUCAUACUAUCCGCCAUUACAGGUUUCAGAAGAGCAUCUUGUCAACUCUGAAAUCAUCGCUGUCACUUCCGCAAUACGCAAGAGCGUCAAGAAUCGGGCGAGCUCAUCAUACUUUUCGUCUAGCUCUGGAGCUCCAAAUGGUUCCUGGGAUCAGCUACUGCAGUCCACAGGCUCUUCCGCGCUCGGCCUCACGAGCCAUGCUGCCGAGGCGGCAGAAAGAACGCUUGCGAUAGACUACAGGAAUGACAAUCCCAUUGUUCGGCAUCAGCGGAGGCUUUCUUCGCUUGGUGUGCCUCUUGCCAAAAGGCAGCUGCCAGGGUCGGUCAAAGGGAAGGAUGCCGAAGGUAGCGCGCCGAAACCGACGACAAAUGUGUCCUUAGAAGCUGCUGGAAGUCUUGAGCGGUUUGCACGGGACGACAGUGAAUCUGGUCUAUUGGCUGCGUUCGCCAUUCUGAAGGCGCAGCUUCAUGAAACGCAAGAGUUUGCAGAGUUCCCGCGGCCUUUGCUGGUCUCACCUUUUGUCAAGGUCAUAUUGUCGCCACGGACGAGCGGUGCCAUCACAUCAGCCGCUCUGCAAGCGAUUGAUCGUUUUCUUGCAUACGGAUUGAUCCCCAUUCCAUCGUCACCGAUUCCGGCAACUGGAGCGCAGGUCGCAAUAUCAGAGAUUGCGCAUGCGAUCUCUCACUGUCGAUUCGAGGCCAGCGACCCCAUCGUUGAUGAGCUGGUCUUGCUUCGCAUUCUCUCAGUCAUGCGGGAGCUCGUCUGUGGAUCUUCACAACUGCUUUCUGCGGAAGGCGCUGCUGCAGUCUCCUUGGCCGACGCCCUGGGAAAUGAGAGCAUUUGCGAGAUGAUGGAGACCGGCCUAAGCAUGUGCUGUCAGACCAGGCUUAGUGAGGUUCUUCGCCGCUCGGCAACACAGUCAAUGAUGCACAUGAUCCGCGCCUUGUUUGCCAAGCUGCAGCGCAUCCCUCUGACAGUAGACGAGAACUUCUCUGGAGACGCAGAGCCCAUACAUGAGACCUUGGUCUCCGAGGUUGAGGAACAAGAGACCGAGCUGGACGAAAAGAAGCUUAGAAGGAUGACGAUACCCGAUCCUAGCAGCUUGCAAGUACCCGCUGCAGGACCGUCGAUGUCGCCUGGCGUGAUUCCAGAGGAAGAUGAAGCGGCUCAGUCGCCGUUGGAUAUGGCCGGCGCAGAGGCAGCGGCCCCCGAAGACGCGCAAUCGGCUGAUGUCCAUGGAAUUGCCCAUGAAUACGGAGACAAGGCGGAGGAGAAAGUGGCCGUGGCGAACGAUCAGGCGGAUCAAACAACAAUGUCCUUCGCUCCUAUGGACGUCGAGUCGUUUGGUCUGCCAGCGUUGACUGAGAUUUUGCGCGUGUUAGUAUCUCUCCUAGAUCCUCGCAACGGUCAAAACACAGACGCAAUGCGGCUCCUAGCGAUGACCAUUUUGAGCAGCGUACUCGAAACCAGCGGCGUUGCUAUCGCAGAAUACCCAUCUUUGCGCGCCAUCUUACAAGAUUCGGCCUGCCGACAUCUUUUCCAGCUGGCGCGCUCGGAGAACCCAAGCAUCCUCACAUACAGCUUGCGCACCAUUUCGACCCUCUUCGAAGUUGCUGGACAGCAUCUUAAGCUCCAAUUCGAGUUCUUCCUCAAGUAUUUGCUUGACAAGCUAGCUCCCACCUUUGCCAUGGGCUUGGAGCCUUGGAAUGACGUUGCGGCAGCUGUUAGUCGUUCUUCCGAUAUCAAUCCUACUCUCACUGGGCCACCUCCACCUCCACCUCCACCGCCACCGCCACUUGCGAAGACCUCGGAGCUAGCUCCCAGCACAGGCGAGACGCGCGAGCUCCUUCUCGAGACCCUAUGCUCGCUUCUCGAGACUCUAUUCUCUCACGGAGAUGCUAAUAUCACGCUUUGGGCCAACUUCGACGCCGAUACUGAGUGCGACAACAUCUUGGAAAGGCUCAUCUCUUUCUGGUCGCGUUCUGUUUUUGCCCAGGCUCCCGGCUCACCCGGCCAGGACAGCUUGCAGGUAAUGGCCUUGGAUGCCAUCCUAACCAUCGUUGGCAGUUUAUUUGCGCGACAGGACCCGGCUUUCGAAGAUCCAGCUUGGCCUCAGGGCCUGCUGGAUGCUCAGCAGCUUGGUUUGCAGAAGAGCAAGAAGGCUGCAAUCUUGGCCGGUGCAGCGCGUUUCAACGCAAGGCCAAAGGAUGGUCUCGCCUAUAUGGAAAAGGAGGGCUUGAUACAGACCGAAGGAGAUCGCGAUGCUGCGAUUGCACGCUUCUUGAAGGAAUGCCCGGGCCUCGACAAAAAGCUUUUGGGCGACUACCUAUCACGACCGGCCAACGAAAAAAUCUGCGAAGCGUUCAUCCAUUUAUUUGACUUUAGCGGCCGCAACGUUGGAGAUGCUAUGCGAGAAAUGCUUGAGUCCUUCCGAUUACCCGGCGAGGCCCAACAAAUCGCACGGAUAACAGAGACAUUUGCAAGGGCAUACUUCGCAUCUGGCUCAUCAGAGGUUGCCAGCGAGGAUGCAGUAUACGUUCUCGCCUACAGCGUCAUAAUGCUCAAUACCGAUCUGCACAAUCCUCAGAAUCAGAAAAGAAAAAUGACAGCCGAUGAUUAUAAACGGAACCUUCGCGGUGUUAAUGAUGGCAAGGACUUUAACGACGAGUAUCUGACGACCAUCUACGAGUCAAUCCGCAAGAGAGAGAUCGUUAUGCCAGAAGAGCAUGCUGGUCAGUUGGGGUUUGACUACACCUGGAAGGAGCUGCUGCGCCGCUCGCGCACUGCGGGCUCCCUUAUCCCUUGCUCCACCACCUUGUUUGACCGCAAUGUCUUUGCUCGAUCAUGGCGCCCAAUUGUUGCUGCGCUGGCGCACGCUUUUUCUACCUUCCAAGACGAGCAUCUUCUUGAGCGGUCUAUCGCAGGCUUCCGUCAAUGCGCUGCUCUGGCAAGCACGUUCGGCAUGAUUGAACUCUUCGACUUCAUGGUCAAGACUUUAGCUGGUGCCACCGGACUUCUGGAUGACCACAUCGCCCAAGGCCCGAUCAAUAAUGCAACUGUCGAUGUCGAAGACCAAAAGAUCACUGUUGGGCCUUUGUCAGUCUACUUUGGCGUCAACUUCAAAGGUCAGAUGGCGGCUGUCGUUCUUUUUACAAUCGCGAACGGCAACGGUGAUGCUAUGUGCGCGAGUUGGAAGGAAUUGCUACAGAUCUUGAAAAAUCUUUUUGCGCAUUCCCUUCUCCCGCUCGGAAUGCGCCAGAUGUUCCUCUUUGGCAAGGAGCCGGAAGAGAUCCCUCUCAGGCCAAAGCGGCUUGCCAACACUCCCAUCCAGGACCCUCGUGGCCAAGGUGGCCUAUUCAGCACGUUGUCUUCUUAUCUACUCUCGCCAACUGGAGGUAACGUACUGGCCCCUGCUCCCCCAGAAGUGACGGAUGAAGAUAUCGAGUCGACACUCUGCACUGUAGACUGUAUCGCCUCUUGCCGGAUCGAUGACAUGUUUGCCCAGAUUCCGAGUCUCUCGUCAGAGUCGCUGCAACAUGCAAUCACUGCAGCCAAAGAACUCGCCGACAAGCAUACGAUUGAUCGCCUGGCGCUUGCGCGGCGUGCAGCUGAGAGCGGCAGCUCAGGCACCUCGACACCUCAACACACUGUCCUCGUCCGCGGCCAGCUGCCAUACGAUCCUUGCGCGCUGUUCAUGCAAGAGGUUCUUGCAGGUAUCGUUGUCAGCGCAAAGUCUUGCCCUGAUGAGUCCUGGAUUUCUGCAGUGCAACACUUUUCGGCGAUCCUUGCGGAUGCUCCGAGGUACCAUCCAUUGAUGGUCGAGCGAGCCGUGGUCAGCCUGCUCCGACUUAUCCCUGUCGCGAAAGAGGCUGGCUCCGAUCAGGCUUUGAUCACGUUGGACACUAUGCGUUCGAUUCCCAACGAUCUUAAGCCAGCUCUGGUCGAGCAAAUUGCUCUUGGGCUGGCUUACGCAUUGCGUGAAGGCGUUGCGGCGGUCAGCUCGGCUACCGAGUGGAACCUGGUGCUGUCUUUGGUCGCUGAUUGCGGAUUCUCUCACAACGCUAGCGCCGCUGGUCACGCGUUCGAGAUUAUGAAGUACCUCGCGGAGACAAGUAUCACGAUUGAUAACUAUAUCGGAAUCGUGGCAGUCUUGAGAGACGUCGCAUCCGCCUCUGAUGUGGUCGCAACUGCUCGCGCCGAACGCAGAGACAUGCAACGGCGGACCCUCACUGAACGUAAGGAACAGACAGAGUAUGACGAGGCAUGCCAACGACGAGGAAAAGAAGCACUUGGAGUGCUGGAAGCUAUCAAGGCUGAGAUUCCCCGCCUCAUCACGGAGUCGACUCGUCUAGAUGGAUGGAGACAUUUCUGGUUACCGCUCAUGGGCGCGCUAGCACAACAGUGCACCAAUGGGUACCGGCCAGUGCGUCAGGACGCAAUUGCGCAUCUGCAGAAGGUCUUGCUAGCCCCCCAAUUGCUUUCAGGCGAGCACAUACAGCUUGCACUGAUCUUCGAAGAAAUCAUCUUUCCCGCACUCGAAGAUCUGCUCAAGCCGCAAGUCUUCCAAAGGGAUCCGGAAGCCAGUGGUAUGCAGGAAACACGAAUGCGCAUGUGUGCCAUGCUAUGCAAAAUUUUCCUACGUUACCUUGUCGAGCUUAACGAGUCCUCCAAACAGCUCAUCGGCCUGUGGGAGCAAGUGCUCGGGUUCUAUGACCGCUUUCUCAAUUGUGGCAAGCGUGAUCAGCUUACUGAGUCGUUACCCGAGACGGUCAAGAAUAUUCUAUUGGUCAUGCAAGCAGCCUCGAUACUCGUUCCGCCGCCUGCGGAAGGAGAGGACUCGCGAUCCCCUGCUCAAGUCGAACUAUGGGAUGUCACUAAAGACCGCGCGAGCAAAUUCUUGCCAGCACUUAUGGAAGAGAUCACGCCAAUUCCUGAGCCGCCGUCGCAAGCAGCGCUGCUGCCUCAAGAAUCGACUGCUUGAAGCAGUCGUUGUACAUCCACCUGUCUGCUCAAACGUCUUUCUUUCAGCAAACUUUGUAACGUUUCGCUCAAUAAUGCACAAUCUUGCUAAAA